UGCUUUUUUGUCUUUAACGAAAAGAAAAGAAAAAAAAAAUGCAAAAAGAAUUAGUGUCCGGAGCGUUAGCUAUUUUGCUUGCACAUUACAUUUACAAACAAAAGUCAAGUCAAGAGCGUACAAGGAAGUUAAAACCCAAAGAUGAACGAGUGGUUAUAAUCGGGUGUUCGUCGGGUAUUGGAAAAGACUGUGCUCUCAAAUAUGCUUCUCGAGGAGCAAAACUUGUAUUGUUUGCUAGAAGGGAAGAACUAUUGAAGCAAGUAACAAAGGAAUGUGAAGAAGGGGGAUCACCCCAUGUUGAGUACAUUGCGGGCGAUGUCACUAAAGAAAGCGACUUAAAAAAGCUGGCCGAUUUGACGCAAAAUAAAUUACAAGGUGUCGACACAGUUAUAUAUUGUGCUGGUAUGAUAUCAGUCAGGCCCUUUUUAGAAUCUUGUGGCAUUAGCGUUAAGCCCGGUAAUGUUGUCGAGAUCCACCAAGAAAAAAAUGAAGCAGUCAAUUCAGCUUUAUCACACAUCACGACCCUCAAUUACUUUGCAGCCGUCUGGUCAGCCAAAUUAUUUUUACCAUUAUUGAUUGCAAGCUCAGUAGCACCCAAUUACAUUGUCAUAUCAUCCAUGGCGGGAAAGGUUGGAGCUCCAACACGUGCAUUAUAUGCUGGAUCUAAGCAUGCGAUACAUGGAUUUUUCGAUUCGAUUCGUGUUGAAUUAAAACCUCUGAAUGUGCACAUUGGAUUGAUCUGUCCUGGUACAGUAGAUACAGAGCUUCGUCACUCUGCGGUGGAUAAAUCUCUAGGAGAUGGAACGAUAGCCGGAUCAAAAACGAAUAAAUUAUCACCCAAUCAAGUGGCCGAGCGAAUUAUAUUGGCAUCUGAUAACCGAGAAAGGGAAGUAUAUAUACCUUCAUGGUUUGGAUAUGUCGCUAUUUGGGCAAAAUUGAUAGCUAGUCCUAUAGUUGAUUGGGCAGCAGCCAAAAAGUAUAAAAUCUAACAAACAAAUGUUUUUGCUUGAAAGGAACCCCUUUUUUUCUCUCCUAUUUGAGUCGUAUAAAACAUAAUCUUGUUUUCAAUUCUUUCCUUCUUCUUCCUCUUUUUACAUAUAAUAAAAUGCGUAUCUUUUCUUUAAUAUUAA